UGCCCCGCCGGCCUCCCCGCGCCGUCCCGUCGCUGCGCCGCAGCCGCCGGCGCCCGGCCCCGCGAUGAAGGCGGCUCAGGCGGUGGGCGAGGAGGCGCCGCCCGGCGUGCGCUCGGUCAAGGUGGUCCUGGUGGGCGACGGCGGCUGCGGGAAGACGUCGCUGCUGAUGGUCUUCGCCGAAGGGGCCUUCCCCGAGAGCUACACGCCCACCGUGUUCGAGCGGCUUACCGUUAACCUGCAGAUGAAGGGCAAACCUGUGCACCUCCAGAUCUGGGACACAGCAGGGCAAGUUGACUACGACCGCUUGCGGCCCCUGUUCUACCCUGAUGCCAGCGUCCUGCUCCUCUGCUUUGAUGUCACCAGCCCAUACAGCUUUGACAACAUCUCCAACCGGUGGUACCCAGAGGUGAAUCACUUCUGCAAGGAGGUGCCCAUCAUCCUCGUGGGCUGCAAGACCGACCUGCGCAAGGACAAGUCGCUGGUGAAGAAGCUACGGAAAAAUAAGUUGGAGCCCGUCACCUACCACAGGGGUCAGGAGAUGGCGAGGUCCGUGGGCGCAGUGGCCUACCUCGAAUGCUCGGCUCUGCUCCACGAAAACGUCCAUGCCGUCUUCCAGGAGGCGGCCGAGGUGGCCCUCAGCAGCCGCAGUCGCAACCUCUGGCGGCGGAUCACCCGGAGCUUUUGCGUGGUGACCUGACGGCUUGGGGCCCUCCCUGCCCCGACCGCCCUAGCAGCAUAGGAAGGAGCUGGGUGCUGACCUCUGCCCAGUUGGCCGGGCUGGACCCGGUCCCUAGGCUGUGACCCGCCGCUCUCACCUCAAACGGAUGCGCACCACCGAGGCCGGGCCCCCAACCCUGGGGCUGGGAUCCCUGGAUUGGAGCGAAAUCGCUCUGAGGCCUGGAGA